GGAAGCAACAAGACUAUGCAUGGCAGGAGGAAGUGUUCAGAGCUGCUCACCCCAUCCUCUUGAGGCUCCACAUACAGCUCAUCACCGACACGGGACAGAGAAUGGAUGGCUUUGGCCAACACUGGACGUGCGUAAGAUCUGAGGAACGCUGCCUGGCACCGACUCUCCUCCCAUCCCUGGUGAUAUAAAUGACUGCCGGACAAGGGGUGUGACUAAAGCAGUUGUGCUGUGAACCUACGAACAUUUAGUGAAAGAGAAACAUUUCAAGGACAUGAGACAACAAAAGCGAAGAGCUGUUUUGUGUUUGGCUGUUUUCGAGGAUCACGAGAGAGUGGAGGCACCAUGACAGUGUAACAUCAAUGAGAAGAAGCAGCAGGAUUUGGGACUUAAAGAGGUGGACCUAUCUUGAAAUUUGCAAUGAGAAACUUGAAGAGUAAUGGAAAAGGUUUGGCACAUUUAAAGACUGGAAAGCAGGAGUUUUCCUAACAUUUGGACAAAGGUUUGAUAUGAUUUACACAUGGCUAACUUCUUCUGCCAUGGUCUCCAGUCUCUUGUUAAAUCAGCACAUCACUGUGUGGAAUUUGUCUCUGUUUAGCCGGAUAAACUGGAGUAUUCACACGAGUUUCUGUGACUUCUGGGUUUGAUACAUAGCAGUGUUUUCGUAGAUGUCUCAGUCACACAACCCAGCAGACUCUCAGGCCUUGCUGCAGUCCAUGCUGCAGAAACUGAAGCUCCAGUCAGGCAGAGAAGGCCAGAGAUACGUGAUACCUGGCCCAACACCAGCUGCUUCCACAUGUGGGCAAGACAGUAAUAGAGGAGCAGCCAACACCCAGAGAGUUAACAGCAGUCCUGGAAAUGUCUUUGAGUUUGGUACAAAUGGCACCCCCCCAAAAGACCGUCCCCUUCCUGCUGUGGACGGUAACGUUGGCAUCAAAGGUGGUGAAAUACAACAACCAGGUCGUGGCCGUGAAGUUGGCAGGGGUCUAAUUUCCUUCCCCUCCCAGAAAGACAAGACUGAUGGCAACACGGGUGAGAACAGCGCGUUGGUUGAGGCCACACGGCCUGAAAUCACCCCAACAGUUACAGGGCAGCUGUUUCCUCAGAAACCACUCAAGGACGCUGAUAUCACUUCCUCUCCGAGGCCCGAUGGGGAGAGUGUGAGUUUUGGCGGUUCUGCGAUGAUAAAAAACAACCCUUCUCAUACAGAUACUGUUUCAAGUCCAGGAGCAAACCCAGGAGCAAGUCCAGGAUAUGCACCCAGAGUCUUCUUGUGGGCUAAUAAGAGCACAGAUGCCAACACAGGAAAUCAAGACAAUAAAGUUUUGCAUAUGGGAAAUGGAGGAUUUGGAAUAAAUAAUGAUGGUCAGACUGUCUCGAGUAUCCAAAAAACAACUAACAGCAGCACUAGAAGGUCAUCUGAGAAUAAAACGAAAAGGUGGACACAGAGAAUUAAGGACAGAUGGAAGGACAGACCUGGUUCCAGCAAAAAGGGAAAAGACGAAGGGACAGGAGAACAGAAGAGAGAGCAACCACCUGAAGCAUUAAUGGCAGAAAAUUUUACCAACACACCAAGUAAUGAUGGAGAGCGGACCCUCACUUCACUAGACAGCAGUCGUCCCGCACACACAGAGAACCGCACUAAUGAUGGCAACGUCAGGCCUACCAGUGACUUUGACCUGGGCCUCGGGUCGUUCAGCCUACUGGAUGAAAUAGUCAUGGGUCAAGAGUGGGCUAAGUUCAUAAACCCCAACCUUGCAGCCACCUCUACAAACCAGAGACCAUCAGAAGAGCUGCUGAGCCAAACCAAAAUCCCGCCCAUUCCUCAUGAUGGCAACCAAUCAUCCGGGAAUUUUAACCAGUUUGGAGGAAGGAGCAACCAGUGGAGAUUCGGGACGACACAGUCAUCACCAGCUCCCCCCUUCAGCACGGCACAGUGCGUGGCUUUCCAGCCUAUGGGCAUGGACGUCACAGAAGGAAAACUUCCGUAUCAUCAGAGAGAGACGGACCAGUCAGAACCAAUGGAAGAUGGCCACAACCAAUCAGACAUCCAGCCUAAAGAGAGGGGACCGGGGCAGCAAUUUAGACCUCCAUCGUUUGUAGACAGUGCAAACUUCUCAGCUCCGAGGAGCAGAGGCCACCUCAACAGAAAGAGACAUCAUCAGCCAGCUGUUCAGAUGGAGAGUGAUGGUGGAGAGACAGACCGAGCAGAAAGGUCCAUGUCUUCACCGAAGCCAACCAGCAGCAGUGCGAUGGAUGAAUCAGGAGAGCCACAGCGGGAUGCUGUCAUACCUUUAUACAACCUGAACUCCCCUCAGUCACCUCAGUCUCCGUCCUCCUCCAGUGCACUUCGAGGUGUCCUCAAACAGUCCAUAUCUCAGGAGGAGGCAAUGGGAACAGUGUCAAAAAGGAGGCGCGUUGAGGAGAACCGGCGGGUUCAUUUUGCAGAGGAGAUCAUGACCAUAGCAUCUCAGGACCUGGAUCUGGAUGUUGCAGAGUCAGACGAAGAUUCGGCACCGGAAGAGGACUUUUCUUUGACGGAGCAGGUGUGUGAGGUGCAGCCGGCAGUAAUCGAGCAGGUGGCACCGGCCCGUCGGCCUGCUCUCCCCGCCUGGAUCCUGGCUCUGAAAAGGAAGAACAACGCGAAGAAGCACAGAUAGCAGCUGUUAAACCACAAAAAUGGGCAUUCAAUUUUUUUUAUUUUUUUAUUUUUUGUUGUUUGUUGUUGUUUUUUUUUAAAUGAAUAAAUAACCAUAAUCAAAUUAGUAUAGAUAGUAUGUCGCAAAUGCAGAUUCCUCUAUUUUUGAAAGCGACAGUACUUUGACAAAUUGUAUCAAGAGCAAUAAUAUUACAGUAAAAGCUGGAUUGCAUCCUAAACUCACAUUCUGGGGAUUAUCUUCUAAAAGUGUUGAGUUUAAGACUUACAAAGCAACUGAAUGCAAUGCUGAGAUAAGUAUUUUUUUCUGCAGCGAACGCAGCAAGCGUGCUGGAAAGAUUUCUUUUUGGACAUUCAAAGCACUGCCAUGUGUUUUAUUGACUCUCAUCCCACUUCAGACACUGCUGCCUUGAGCCCUUUAGUCCCACAGUGGACGGCAGCAGACUUCCCAUUCUAAACUUCCCAUAUCCUGUCUCUUGGUAAUGGCUCCCUGGCUGGCCAUCGCGGGAAACUAACCGCAGAGGAGGGAAGACAUGUGAGCUGAAGCUGAAAUCAACUGGCAGUUUCUCAAUAGCUGUGUUUGACUCGUCCGUUGGGGUCGGACAGAAGCACCUUAGCACUGAGUAUCUUCUUGCAACGUACUUUUUACUCUUGCUGUGAAGUUUUUAUUGUUGCUUCAGUUAUGUUUCCACGUGGCUACAUGGGAAACCGAGGCUAAGACUAAUAUUAAAGGAAUAGUAUUUUUGAAAUGUG